GAGGUUUUUCUCGAGUCAAUAGGCUGUCACCGAUCUUCAGGCUUUUAGGACCUCCAGAAAUACGUAUCCAAGCGUCCAUUGCAUCCUGCUUCAAUGAUGUCGUCUCUCAAAACCCAAUAUGAAGAUCAAGGCUUUGUUAUUAUUCCAGACCUCAUCCUUCCUCAGGAUUUCAAGGACAUCGAAGCGGCUUGUGAACGUGUAAUUACACGUACUCGCUCGGGUUCAUGGUCACACCGUAGAACGGUCGGGAAACAAUUUCCACCAUUCGAUAAUAACAACCCAGACUCUUGGGGUGUACAACAUAUCAUGCAUCCAGAUCUGGGUGAAUCUGUCUUUGCUAAAUGGUACACAUCCGACAAACUAGUUGGUGCAGCACAAGGACUUCUGGGAUGCCAAGAAGCUGAAUUACAGAUGGAGCUCUUUAACUUGUUAAUUAAUCCACUUUUCCACAAUUUUGCACUCCGAUGGCAUCGCGAUGAUGUUAAGGAGGACGCUACUGGAGAUGAGGAAUGUAUCGCUCUAGCUCAAUGGGGUCAUGGGGUGCAGUGGAAUACAGCCAUUUACAAAGACUCUUGUCUAUAUGUCGUGCCCAAGUCACACAAAUUACCCAGGUCCGCAGAGCAACGAGCACAGUCUAUGACGCUUACUCCUCCGGAAGACCCGCUCACCAUGCCAGAGGCAAUUCAAGUGACACUACAACCGGGAGAAACAGUGUUCUAUAAUUCUAACAUUUUGCAUUGUGCCACUUACGACUCCACUCAACAGCGAGCAACGCUUCAUGCCUGUAUGGGCGACAUACGGGGUGGCUCUACGAGAGCUCGGAACGUGUUACAACAUGGACUGGAGUGGAUGAAAGGUGACCAAUUCAGGGAACAGUUGGACGGAAGAGGACAGAAAAUGUUGUCUGCGCUAAUUGCAAUGCAGGAAGGAGUGACGGGUGACAUUGGCUAUUCAUUAUCUAACUGAAUUUCGUUUAACGUCUCUUGUGGAGCGCGAGUUUUCAGUCAACGAGAUGCUCGCGACUUGAGCGUUGCUUACCUGCUGUGGCCGCCGAUACUUAGUUGUAUAGUUAUUACAGUAACGUCCUCGCUCAAUCCGAACCUCUCGAAUUUUUGAUCUUUCCUCUUUUUUA